AGCGGUUGCCAUGGUAAUGAGCGCCCAAAGCCGAGUGUGGGUUUUGUGAGUCGGUCGGGUUACUGGGCCCCAAGGCCGCCCGGCCCCGGGCGGCGGGGUCACCUAUGGGCCUGUCGAAAAGCAAACCCAAGGAGAAGAAAGUUGAGGAGCCAGUGAGCCCCUCCGCCAGUUUAGUUUCAAAGUCUAAGGAGAAAGUAAUGGAGAAGGAGAGCAAGCAGCCUGACAAGGAAGCCUUGAAUCAUCCUGCCGACAGCAUGCUGUUCACAGCAGGGACAGCCAAGCACUCAAGGCCUUCCUCUUCCUCUGAAGACAAACCUGAUACAAAAUCAAAGGCAUCCAAGAAGAGAAGUGUCAUUCCGCAGAUCAUCAUCACCCAUGCCUCAAACGAGACACUAAUCAGCUAUGGUGUCCCUGACAGUGACGAACAGAGGACCAUCCGGGAGCAUGCUGACUGGGGCCCUUACUACCGACACAGGAGCCCCAGCACGAUAGCAGCCUAUGAGACACAAAGCACAGAAUAAAUGAGAGCUCCCUGGAGCUGUGAUGGU